UUUUGCAAAAACAUCGACGAUAUGUAUGUAUGUAUGUACCAUUGCUGCAAAUAAUUCUGUAUAUUUCCGAUUUUUUCGCACUCUGUCGGCGCCGCCAUCGCCUUUGCCACCCAAAACGCUACUUUUCCUCAAGAUCUUUGCUUGUACUUUGCUCCCUUCUGUGAGCGCACAUUUAUUAUGUACUAUGUAUGUAUGUGUGUAUACAAAUGUGCAAUAAUCGUAGGUGUUUGCGUGUGCGUCUUAGCCUCCCACCGCCAGCACGCGCAUUUACUUACGCACUGCACCAGUUAGGCCACGUGUAAUGUUGUAGUGCGAGUACCCUAUGAGUUGUUGUAUAGAUACUUGUGUACAGAGAUCAGCACGACUGCGGCUGAUCAUCAACGCGAUGUGGCAACACCACACCAUACAUGCAUACGGGGUAUACAUCAGACGUUAGCGUCAGCAUCAGCGACGGCAUCAGCGACCGCAACUCAAUUGAGUGCUUAUUGCCUUGUUUGCCAUUGGUUUCAUUUGUUUUUGUUGCUGUUGUUGUUGAAAUUAUUUUUAGACAUUAUCUAUUUUAAGUAAAUGCGCUAAGAGAAUUGAAAAAAUGAAGACGCAAACAGUUUUUUCCAAUAGGCGGCGUACACAUAUGCCUACAGAACGAACUAUUUACACGAAUAAAUCUUUCUAUGCCUUUGCGUUUUGUUCCUCCGUUUCGUUGGGUGAAGGCUGGCUGGCUGGUUGGUUGGUUGGGGUUGAUGAGCAAGAACAGGAAGCUGCAUCCCAUGCAGAAAAAAACUGGGAAAGUAUUUACUGCAUUAGCAAUUAAAAUUUAGUAAAAAAAAAUUUUUUUUUCUUGUUUUGUAAACCAAUUGAAAGUGCCAAAAAUCGGCGCGUCUACUCAUUUCUGUGAUCUACUUUUGCCUAUAAAAUAAACCAGAACAGUUGCGAAACGUGCCGAAUUCGUUCGUUCACUGGCAGUGCUGCAAAAAUUACAACAAACUACCUACGAAAAAUGUCAUGAAAAUAAACAAAACCAAAAACAAAAAAAAAAACAAAAAGAAACAAGUGUUGUGUCAUAGAAGUCGAAAAAGAUUUGUUGCAUUCAAGAAGAAACGGCGCACGAAAAUAAGUGAAAUUAGCCAAAACAGUUGUCGCGGAUUUAAAUGCAUUUCCGUUUGAUUUUCCAUUUGAAAAUAAAUUGAGAGAUUAGUGCCAUUGCGAUUAGCUGAAUACAGAAUAAUUUUUUUUUUGUACAUGCUGGCAUAUGUUCUUUCCCACGCAGUCUUAAAUAAAUACACAUUAGGGUGGUCAUUAAAAAAUCAAUUGAAGAAUUUUUUUCAGUCUCAUCCCUCAAUCGGUAAUACCACGGUCACAGAUAUCACGUAUAAAAUUUGGUCCCGAUUGGAGACGGUUAAGUCGUGUCGCACAGGGAACAAAGUACAGAUUCUUCUAAAGAGAUUAAAAAAAUUUAAAUUAAUAUUUUUUUUUCAUCUAAUACCCAAAAUCGAUACUACCAUAGUCGAAGAUAUCACAUGUAAAUUUUGGUCCCGAUUGGAGUCGGUUAAGACGCCUUCAUAGGGUUAUCUGAACUUGAACUGACUAUAGUAGCAUCGACGUAGGGGUUGAGGCUUAGGAAAUUUGAUGUAAAAAUUUGCAUCCUACAUUUAAGGACCACCCUAAUACACAUAUGUAUCUAUAUUUUUUUGUACGAUUUAAUUACAUACGUAAUAAAAAUAUGAUUGGUGUUAUUGAGAAAUGCGUUGAAAAACUGCUAUAAAAAAUUUUUUUUUUUUGUUAGUUGGUGUAUGGUUUUAACCACGUUGCUAAUUUUUGGUACCUUCAGAUAUAUAGCACUGAAAGGAGUUACGAUUUUGAAUUCCUCGUUUACGUAGACCUACCAUCUGUCACAGAUUCAAGUUGUGCUAGACAUGAACCCUUCAGUUUAAUAAUUUCUGCUUCUUAACAGUUACACUGAAAGAAACAAAAUCAGCCUUAUCGUUAGUUUCUCUCGAAUUUUUUUCAUCCGUUCGUAAUGAGUUUUACGCGAAAACCAAUUCUCCUAAAUAAUCAGCAUGAAACAAAAAAAAAAAAAAAAAAAAAAACCUAGAGUUAAAUAAACUGGCUCGCGACUGCUUCUGCUGUUAAAUUGAAUAAAAUGCGAAAAAUUUGUUUUGACUAUUGUACGUCGUACUGCUUAACACUUCAACUCGCAUCCGCUUUUAAGAUUUUGAAUUUUUGCGAGCUCAUUUCUUUUUUGUCACGAAUGUAUUGUUAUUGGAUAAUUUCAUGCCAUAAACAUCAUUGACCUGUGAUUUUUUAUUUUAUUUACUGUACGCAAACUUGAAUCUUGGAUACGUAACAGCUGUUCAUCCCUGCCGUGGAGCGUUUCAAACGGGAACUCCUUCAUUGAAAAAGGAGAUUAUUGCAUUUGUGAAGUAUGUAGUAGAUAUUCUAAAAGUUAGCUCGAGGACAUGUUUCUUGUGAAACGCUGCUAACCGCAACAUCUGCUUCUUCAGUUGCUCGUAGCUAUAACAAAUAUCUAAGUAUGAAAUUUUAAAGUAAUAAUCUAAAGAGCAUAUACUUAGAAAAAUGCAAAAAAAAAUUUAAUUUCUCUCUAGCUACGGCUGUCUCACCCCAAGUAUUCUGCAAACCAAGGUGUUUAAUUAAAAAAUUCUAACUUUUUGUCAUUAAAAAAAAAAAAAAAAAUUGACUUUCUUGCAAUCUUCGCCAAAUCACCAAACACGCUAUGCGUACUUGUCCUCGUACCAAGCUUUUUCAAUUCAUCAUUUUCCUUUCUAUGGUUUCUUUAUUUCUAUUGAUCUUUCUUUUUAUUGUUUCUCUAUGUCGUUCUCAAGAUAAACGAGUGCUUUCAUGGUCUCAAGAUCAAGGUUGCGCCAAAGAAAUCUUUGAAUAUAUACUUUUUUUGACUGAGUUCAAAGUGACGCUAAGUUAAAUUGUACCAUUGACAAUAAACUAUUGAACGCUUAUUUUAUGUUUUUUUUUCGUAUUUUUAUUUCACUUUACUAUAUACUUAUACUUCUGUACGAUAUGCGAGUAUAUAGUAUAUAGCUACACAUACUAAUAUGUACUUUCCCCGAAGACGUCAUUGUUUAUCGACAGAAAUUCGUCGACUGAUGAUGACAAAGAAUUGGCAAGAACAGGGGCUGGCAAACCAACCCCAACUACUAAUUAAUUUGUUUAUUUCACCUCGAAGAGGGCAAGCCAAAAGGCGCCACGAUAGCAAAUAAUUCUUAAAUGUUCUUACACUUAAGCAGCGUAGAUUUGUACUUUCAACGUAUGCAAAUAGUUUAGCAGAUACGUUGCAUACUUUGCUGAUCUAGUUUCUGCCAAAAAUACGCUGAGUUGUUGCAUUUGUCUCAAUCACAAUUGAAGGUGCGUACUAAUGCACUACCUAAUGCAACCAAUCGCGCCAUAACCGCCCCCCACGCCGGCAGCUAAAAUAGCCAAAAGCUAAAAUAGAAAUGUAACGAAAAGUGUAGAGUAAAAUAGCAAAACGAUUUAUUUUAUUUUUUCUCUAUAUAAGCGGUAUCGAUCGAUUCGGCCAUUUUCACUUUGCACUUGAAACGCAUUUCUCAAUAAUUAACCAGCUCUUUUAGCAGAUAGAUCGUUUGUGAUUCUGAUACUCGUCGAUAGGUACGAGCAUGUCUAAAGAUCGUGUGAAGGCGCAUAAAAAAUUCGCCAUUUUGUGUUGAGUAAUCAUCAGUGAAGUGAGUAGCAGCGAUUUUGCAAGCAGCUGCCGAAAUUUUAGUAAAAUUUAUUCUUUUACGAGUUUACAUUUGCAAUUGAAAUUUGUAUUUUGUAUUUUGUGCUUUCAAUUUGUUCAGAAAGAGAAAUUUAAUGUUUAAGUGAUUUUUCAAAAAUAUUAACCACAAAAAGGUUAACCUUGAACGUACGUGAAAACCACACUGCAUGACCGCAAUCGCUACGAUUUCAAGCCAACAAUAAGAACUACUCGAACCAUUUAAGCCAGCAAUUCAAUCAGCCAAUUUCAGCGAACACCAACCCCACAGCAAGCAACGCCGCAGAAAUGUCCAACGAAUUCAGCGAAAUGGUCGCCCUCAGCUGCCCCGACCUACACUCGACCAGCACCAGCGGCGGCAAUGCCACUGGUGGUGGUGGCCAAGUUCAUGUCGUCGACACGCAACGUCGCCUAAGUGUGAAACAGAUGACGGCCACCCAGUUGGCCGCCAUACGCGCUGCAGCCGCAGCUGAAAUCAAAACUGUGCUCGCCGCCGCAGUGGCUAACUCAUCGGUGUCGGCACCCGCAACGCCAGCUAUCGCCACUCCAUCCGGCGGCUUGAUGACGCUCAACACUGGUAGCAGUAGCUCAAUUGAUAACGCAACACCUUUAGCCGUGGUGACCGCGAACAAAUCUGUGCCUGCGACACCCGAGCUGCGUGUCAUCUCCAAGCCGGGCUCGACACCGAAUGCUGCGCCCAUAACAGCGUCACUAAGCGCUUCACCGCGAACGCCAUCGCCUAACCCCUAUGACAACAACAACCAUAUCAGACCCGCCAGAGGUGCACGUCUCUUGCCGCUGUUGCCCGCAGCGCGCGAACGCAUCACCUCACUGCCGAAUGUGCUCGAUGACGGCAUGGAAGGGCAAUUUUUGUCGCUUGGUAGCGAUAAUGCAACAAAUGUUAGUAAUUUGCGCGGUUCAAUAACUAGAACAAACUCGCCAAAACCGCAAUUGGAACUUCAUUCGGUUGAUAAUCUGUCGAAAGGUCGCCGUGCGGUCGUUGAUGAAGACGAUUCGCGCAAGCGUUCCACUUCUGAGUCGUCAGCUGAAGAGUCAGAAACCCAACAAAAGCAUCAAAAGAUUGCAGAUUCGGUUGAAUUGCUGCGUAUGCACCGCCGUCAGCGUGAUUUAGCUGUUGCACGCGAAACUGAACCGGAGCGCUCCCUGUCACCCGUCUCACCUGGCGCUCCGGCUGUAUCGGCCGACAUGCUAUCACGUUCACACCACGAACGCAGCGCGGCACCAGAUCGUCUACACAGUUCGAGCUUGAGCAGCAGUGGUUCUGCGCUAUCGGCUUCGGUAAAUGCCAGCAAGAAUCCAAGCAGGCGGGGUAGCGCCGCUAGCACUGCUGAAGAGUUGUCAUCAACUCCCGCCACGGCGCUGCCCUCGCUACCCAUCUAUCCAUUGGCUAAAACAACGUCCACGCCGAAUAUGGAGCGUCGUAGAAGCAGCUUGACGGCACUGUUUCCAGGGCCCUCACCGUUGGUGGCGCCCGAGCCGGUAUUGCACACUGAUCCCACGCUACCGAAAGAUGACGAACUCACAGCAGAAGACGUUAAGAAAAUUGUUGAAGAUACACUGAGGCGUGAAAUACCCACUGGUAAAAUGGUGCAUCGCACCAAGACGCCACCACCAGUUGGUGUGAAACUGGGUGUUAAUCUGAAGAAAGUAUCACCACCGAAAUCGACAAUUGGCAUCAAGAAGAAUGAUGCGCCAAUGUUGGGUGUUGUGCUGCGUCGCGUAGAGAAGAAGACUGUGCAACAGAAGAGUAUACUCGACGACGAUAAGCCGCUCUAUCACUUUUCGAUUGUACGCAGCGACAAUAAGGAACACAAGCCAGCUACAGCUGUGCCCAAACCUAAGCCGAAGCCUACAGUGGGGCUACAAAAAUCAGCGACCACAGCAGCAGUGCCGCCAAAACCCAAUCCUGGUGGCAUACUCACCGGACCACAAGGCAGUGGCGUGCGUCCCGCUCAACCGGCGGUGGUACAGCGGCCACCGCAGAAUCAACGUCCACAAAUGGGUGUGCCGAUUACCAUACAAAAGAUCGAAGGCGAUAAAAUCAUUAUCAUUAAGAAGUUUAUAAUCCCAAAGAACGGUAAAAUACCGGAGCAGUAUCUGAAGGUUGGUUGGACGUUGAUGUCUUGUUCGUGUUCGUGUUCGUGUUGGUUUUCGUUUAUGUGUUGGCAUUUUGAGUUGUAUUGUUCGUGCAGUGUUUGUCCACGUACGUGAACGUCUCAAGGUCAAUGUGAAAUUAUGUUUUCUGUGAUGUCACGACAUUUGUAGCGUUUGGCAUGAGGAUUGGCAUGGGCCAUAAGUCCACAUAUUUAGUUUUCUGUACUAUUUUUGUCAAAUUUGUUGGUAAGGUUGAGUCAGGACGGGCGGGAAAAGAACAUAUUGCCCGCAUGUACAAUUAGUUUACUUCCCUAUGAAGGAAAUUCCUUAGGUA